AUGAGGUGGCGUAUGCCUUCUGUAGUUGAAGAUCAACAACGUAGAUUCGAAGCGGACCCGGAAAUCAGGCAAUUAAUAGGUCCUACUCAGAUUGCGUAUGCAGGAUUCCUUCAUGCACCUCAAGCAGAGCGAAGCACCUCGUUAUUACAAAGUUGCAGCGAUAGACAACGUCCUCAUAUACCCCUAACAUUCACUCAAUUUGGUUAUAACAGUGAUUUCGUAUUAUCAUCAUGCACAGUUGGACAAAAUGAAAUAACCUUCGAAAGUCGUUUUAUCUUAAAUGGAGUAUGUGUGCUACUUCGAGGAAGUCUGAAUCGUGAGACAUUGGUUGGUACAAGCACCUUAAAUUAUGAUGCUGAAAAUGCUGAAAUCGAAGAACGAAAAAGGCAAGAAGUUAUUGCAAAUUACGGUGAACGGAUACGAGCUAUUCAACGACGAUUUAAUCUAUAA